AUGCCUGUGUGACCAAAAGACAGACGGAUGAUGCCAUUUAUUUGUGUCUGUAGCGCUGAGUGAAAUCAGUCUUCACUAAUUCAAUAAUAGUUAUGAGUGAUUGGAAGCUAAUCCAAUUCAACCAUUAAUGCUCAGCAUUUAUUACGGUAUUGAGGCGUAAAUUCCCAGUGUUGUCAGACUGAUCCUUGACUGUGCCUUGGGAACAGGGAGGAGUUCAGUCGGACUAUCAAAUUAAAUCAGUCAUUCGGAGAUCACGUUUUUAAAAAAAGGAGCCACCCUUAGAAUGGCCCAAAAAUCGCUUUUACUUCUAAAUGAGCUUGGUUUUCUGCUUCGCCAAGGUUGCUGCUGCAUGCAUUAAACAUCUGCAGGAUAAGAUCUCUUUUUUUAAUGAGACUUGUUCAUGUUUCUAAAUCAAAAUCCUAGCUUUGACACAGAAUUCUGCUGUGAAAAGUAAUUAUUCCAGUACUAUACUUAAAGAUAACUUUGAGCUACUCAACUCACUUAACUUGCUUUUUAUGUUUUAGAUUAAGAUUUGACAUUGAUAAAACAUUGUUAAAUGCUAAGGAGGUUAGCAUUAACAGACCAGUGUGUUUUUUAGUUUUAGUAGUGGCAUCUAGCGGUGAAGUUGCAGAUUGCAACUUUCCCGCUCGCUUUCCAAGUAUGUAGGAGAAACUACGAUGACUGUGAAACUCAAGAGUCAUUUGAAAGUCCCUAUUUCCUAUCUAGAACAAUGUAGUAUAAUAAUAUGGAAUACAUUAGGUACAUUUUGCUGAUAAUACCUCUGUACUUUUACUGAAGUAGGAUUUCAAAUGCAGGGAUUUUUACAUUGUUUUUAUUGGUAGUUUUACUUUAGUAAAAGGCCAGAUGAAAAAGAUGUUCCUUUAGACUUAUUGCAAAUCAUAUGAAUCUGAAUAUUUGUCAUUAUAAAUACAAUUUCCAUCAUGGAAUCAUGGUGUGCCUGUCUCUGUAUCACUCAUACACUCAGAGAAAUGAUUUGUUUUUGAUUGUAUUCUCUGUGUCAUUUCCACCAUGUCAUUCUUGAAUGUUUUGCAUGAUUGCAUUCAUGGGCUUUUGGUUCAUUUGCAAGGAAAUUGAUUUGAGGAGAGUAGAUGUGUUUAUUGUUUGUGCCUCAGGAUAAUACAGAGGCUAGAUGGAAAAUAAGGAGACUGGUGCAGUCAGCAUGGUAUUUGUAGAUAUGGCCAUGCAUCCUUACACACUCUGACAGUGUGAUUGAGGGACUUUAGGAUUAAUUCAUCACCAGUUUCUAAAAAGUCAGAAUUCCGCCUUAAAUGUAUUUUUCCAUCACAUCCCCUCAAGGCCUCUUUCUGUCAGACUCUAGAGAGAUGAUGUAGUAGUUCUUCAGUAAGUUUAAUAUACUCAUGGGCAUUUAAUGAUUUCAUCAGAUCCCCCUCGAGGCGUGAAUAACAUUAAAAGAUACUCAGUUUGUUCUUUAUUUUUUAACAUAACGUCCCUUCAGGGCUUCCAUAGACACAGGAUUCAUGUUACAAUCAGUCCCCAUCAUGUGACUCAUGAUGACACUGCUGGGUCUCUAUAUAAAUAACUUCAUCCUUUUAGUAGUGCUGCCAAACUCCAGAAGAGCUGCAAGAAGAUACCAGCGGUAACACUUUGCAUGAGACUUAGCUCUUUGUUUGCACUUUCAAGGUUCUCCGCGUAGGCUGCACUAAUAAAAUGGAGCACCUGGAAAACUCCACAGCCUCCCCCAAACGCCUCUUCCUGCACACGCAGAGCACCGCGGACUCCCAGGCGGACAACAAUGACGGGAACGCGUACCUGUACAUACUAAUAGUCAUGUCUUUCUACGGAGUCUUCCUCUGCGGUAUAAUGCUGGGCUACUUCCGCUCCAAAAGGAGAGAGAAGAGGAGGGUCAACAUCUUCACGCGCCUGGUGCACGAGGAGGAGCAGCGGGAGUGGGGCGCGCUGCCCAAGAAACACAGCCUCACCUUUCCCGCCGCCGUCUCGGGACUGCGCUCGGUGCAGGUGUCGCUGCCUUUCUGCGGUAACCACGGCAACCACUUUGGACAUCUCCACUAUGAGGGCGCGCUGCCCUCUCCGCUGGCGUGCGCGCUGUGCACGGAGCAGAGCAGCAUCAGUUCCCUGUGCUCCUCCGCGGACACGCGCUUGGCAAUAGAGGAGGAGUCGGACAGCGGCACGGCGGAGGUACCGGAGGGGACCGCGAAGGGAGGAUCCGACAACAGCGGACACGACUCAGGCUGAGCUCCGCCCAGAAGAACUGUGUGUUCGGCCGCAAAGAGGAGAAAACAUCACCUGCAGAGGAGACCUGGUUCUCAGGCGUCUUCACAUCACAGAAGACAAACAGUCCAACCAACAGCAACUUAAAUCAUCUAUUUGCCAUUAAAAUCCUCCUCAAACCAACGUCAUCCAUGAUAUAUAUAGUCAAACAAGGCUAUAUGGCCGAUGUGAUAUGUGUUAGUCAGUAAAGAGCUGACCGUUUAGAGGGGGCACUGGUGCAGAAUGGGUUUUAUCUGAUGUGUUUUGAACUGAUUUCAAACAUUUUUGCAUGAUCUCUGACAGUAAGAACAUAUUUUGACUCAAGUGCUCAAUGGUGAGGUUACGACACCCAGUGGCAACAUGAAACCACACACACACACACACACACACACACACACACACCUUUCUUGUUUAAAUACUUUAAAUCUAAAUGACAAGACUACAUAUGACUAAGUUAUCAUUUAUGUCAGCUGUUAAGAUAACCUUUAGAUGGUGGUGUAAUUAUUUCAUUCUAUUCUAUUCAGUACAACCUUAUUUAUCACUGCAAGGGUAGUUGCAUGCAGCAGCUCACCACCCAGGUCAACAUACACACAUUAAGUAGGAGAGGAAAGAAUAAAACACAGUUAAUAAUAACUGGAUAAUAUCCACAUAUAUCUAAAAACAUACACAGGUGAAGCUGUAAAAAGGAAUAGAAUAUUAUAUUAAAUGAAACUGGGCUACACCCAGUGGAAUAAAACACUAUUUACACUUACACUGUAUUAUUCCAUUGUACAGCUAUGACUUUGCCUGAUUUGGUGGUGACCCCUCCCUGUUGGAGCGCCCUCCUGACGCCACACUGAGAACCAACCCACUGGUUUGGAGUGAUGACUCACCCUGCAGGGGCCUGAGUGACAGACUGAACUUGACAUGCUCUUGCCAACAUGGUCUCGAGUAUUGAAACGCACCUGGAACCCACUUGAAAGAUUGUCUGAACUAAAAUGUGUUUGUUGUAGCUUCACGAUCGACACUGCUCACACACAGUCAGCGAUGUAGGUUUACUUGAUGAAAGCAAUGCACUGUACAUAUUGUUGGUAUUUUUCACUUCAUGAGGCUUGAUUUUAAGAUGGAGUCUUUGUAGUGUUUGAAAAAUAAAUUCUUAGAUUUUGA